AUGUCAGGCGAGCGCGUGGCCGAAAGGUACCCGGCGCAAGCAGGACAAGCCGUCGAGUACGAUAUGCAGCAGCAACCCGGGGGCAGUUCAAGAGGAAAUAUUCUCGCAGGAGAUAGUUUCGCAGAAGGCGCGGAGUUGCAGCCUCUAGCAACCCGGCCGCAGCCAUCCCUCCCCGGAUUCGUGGGUGGGCAGGCUGGUUCCAAGAGGACCGCAGUCAACUCCCUAGCAUGCAGCGCUCCUACCCGCCGUGUGCAGCGACGGUUCGAACCUGGGGGGUCGGAGAAUGUGCGUCCCUCUCACGGCAGGGAGCGUCAGAUGGUAGCAGCUGAGAAGUCGGUGGCACCGUCCUCUCGCUCGGGCAACACGCUAGCUCCUACCACCUCUGGCCUCACGACUGGCAGUUGCGACGGACUCAGUGAAGACGAGGGAUUAUUAGAGGAUGGGACUGCCGCCGGCGAUGGGGCUCGUGACGACACCACAAACGGUGGUGUUGCCCACAAUGAAGCGGAGCUGACAGGCCCACAGCUGGCGGACCUGAUGGAGUACGAAAUGGAACAUGGGACCGAGGCCGCGACGAAGCUGCAGCAACAAAUUCAGCAACAAGGCCAGUACAACAGGAAGUGGAAAGCCAUUUACCCACGCCGCCUUCUCGCCGCCAUGAAGGGCGGUUUCUUGUACAAGACCACCGCGCAGGGCUACAAGAAAGCCAACGCGAUAGCCAGGGAAGCACUGCUGGAAUUCGAGGGACUCGACGACUCCGAAAAGACCGAGUUCGGAGGACAGGUAACCACGAAGCUGCCCACCGUUACGACUUUCAAGAACUUCCUCUCCGGCACCAAACAGGCGUUUGUGAAGUGGCAGAGGAGUGCAUCCAAGGCCAACGACAAUGACACGAACAACUUCUGGCGUGCAGUGAGGGAGACGAUGGAGGGAAUCCGAGCCCUCGACGCCUCAACAGUUGGCGACUCCGAUGCCGCCAAACAGGGCGCCAUCGAUGUCGGGAAGAAGGAGAAGGCUUCAAAGAUGGCGGUCCGCAAAAUCCGUCAGAACGCUGUGGGUGACGUGAACGAGAUAGCUGGCAAGCUGAAGGAUGCCCUCGACACCCACGGCAAGGCGAAACCUGAUUUCGCCGCCUUCAUGGACAGCUCUGCAGCGAGGGCGAAGGACCAAGCCGAGUUGCAGGCCGCGGAGACAAGGCGUGUUGUGCAGCGCCAGGAGAAGAUGGACGAGCGUCAGGAGAAGAUGGACCAAGUCAGGGAGCGGAACGAUGUGGCACUGAAAGAUUUUAGGCGCAAGUCGCUCGAGCAGGGGGCGAAAAUCGCGAAAGCUAUCCAGAACUCCACCUCGGAAUAUCCACCCUUGGAGGACGGCGAGCCCAUCCCGUGGACGACCUUCGGCGACUUCUGGGCAGACGUGCGCCCCACGGUCCAAGCCGAGGCGGAGAGGGAAGCCAUUUCGGAACUUUACGACGACGACAUCCGCAGCCUCGUAUUCGACGCCAGGGACAAGAAGUUCAACCGUGACCUAUUUGAAACAGGCUCUGGAAAUUUCUCGGCUAACACGGCUAAAUUUGUAAUGAAGACGAUCCACAAACACGUGUACCUCAAGAGGAUGUCCUGAAAUAAUCCCUCCCCCUCGUUUUUUUUUAGUUCCGGUAAAUAGCUGGGCUUUGGGGUGCCGCCGUAGUUGGCCUUGCCUUUCCGUGUUUACUUGCUAGCAUCGUGUGCACGUGGACGUCCGUAUUCUGAACCUCGAGCCUUAGUUGGAACGGGACGGCUUGUUGCAGGGUAGGUUGACUCUUGAUGUUUUAGUUGUCACUCAUUGAGUUCUGUUGUUGUUUUUUUCUGCCAGAUGGUAACUGUCGUUCACCUCUCGGUUAUGUCUUGUACGACGGGGUGGGUUAGGCUCUGCCAAAGUUAACAGUUGUAGUUGGGGUAGACUUGGAGGUUGUUUUGUGCUUUUUCAUUUUUAGGUAAAUGCAGAUGUUUUUCCGCGCGUUGUUCGUUGCUUGUUCGGCCUCAUACAACCCAAACGUGGACAGAGGCGAAGAGGUUCAGGGGAGAGUUAAUUGAAGCGGACAUGUCGACGUCGGCUUCGAUGUCAUUGUGUCUCGUCUUAUUUUUGGAGGGAUGGUGUUCCUUAUUGUCAGGUUAAUAUUUUUGUCGUGCCUCAUACAGCGGUACAGAGCAUCCCGUCUUCUUGUACUUGGGGUAGGGUUGGACAUUUAUCUCCUGAUUUAUUUAUGUCGAAUGGUUCGUUUUACAUUUAUUUGCGGUUGUUGAUGCUCACACCACGGGUGGUUAGGUGCUGCCCUCAUGAUAAUCGGGAUACGCUGUAAGGUUUUUAUGCUUUAGUUUGUCACCUUGGUUGUUUAUUGUUUUAUGCGUCGUACCACGGGGGUACGAUGCUACCCUUGCAGUUGGGGCAGGCUUCAACGUGGUUUGUAGGAGUAGCUCUCGUGUUUUAACUUGGUUUGUUUCUUGUUGUUGCCCAUACUACGGUCUAGAUCGUGCUGUCUCGUAGUUGGGGUAGUAGGCGGUAAGGUAGUUUUGCGCAAUUAGCGUGAGUGUUAUUGUUGUCGGAAUGGUUGGUUUUUUCAUUGUGUGCCUGAUUGUUCGUUUGUUGUUGGUGAUCAGACCACGGGGUGGAGCAUGCUGCCGUUGUAUUCUGGGUACGCUGCAAGGUUGUCCCGUGUCCAUUCUAGUCGGAAGACCUUCAUGCUUUAGUUUGUCGCAGUGGUGCGCAUAAUUGGUCUAUGCCUCGUGCCCCGCGGGGGGGAGGGAGGAUGUUGCUACCCUUUGUAGACUUGUAGUUGGGGUAGGCUGCUUAGUGAUUUUAGUAUCGGUUGUCCGCCUAGACUAAAAGGGUGGUGUUUUUCGUCACUUAAUUUCAGUCGAUGCUCAGACCACGGGGUGGACCAUGCUGGCGUUGUAGUCGGGGUACGCCGCAAGGUGGUUGCAAUUUUUUUUUUUCGGAAAGGUACGGCAUACUGCGCGUUAGGUUGUCGUUGUCGUAUUCAUAGCACAAAAGGUAGUUUGGCCUCGACCCUUGCUCGUACGUUGUCUUGUUAUUUGGGGCUGCAGACCAAAAACUCGUGCCUCAUGCUCUGAUGAUAGGACUGUGUCAAAUCGGGACGGAGAAAUACUGCCGUCGGUUCGUGCGUCUGACGUAUGCAUACAACCGUAAGAAGUUUUUUUUAUGUGUUCGUCGUAUUAGAACUUGGGACAUCAACUCCUCAAGACGAGGAGUGUGUGUGCGGGGCUUGUCCAUGACGUUCGAAUGUGAUGUCGUACUACAAAACACGUUCUUUGGUGUCGCGCGGCACCAGGGGGUGACUGCGUGUGAAGGGUCCCUUCAACCGGCUCGUCGUCGGGCCGAACUAAUUAUUU